UAUUAUAACCCAAAAGUAUUGUAUAAACUAUUAAAAUAAUAGAUUGAAAGCCAUAGAAAACAAAACAAAAAUAAACAGUUGUUUGAUAUCAUUAUUAUUAUUAUUAUUAUUAUUAUUAUUAUUAUAUCCAUUGAUAACUCGUGACCACCAGAUAAUGGCCAACACAUCUGCCGUCGCCUCAUCCGGUAAACUAGCGAAACCACAACUACGCGGUUACGCCCAGCGCUAUGUCCGCCGCCAUCUGAUCGGUGCCAUCACACUAUCGAUGGUCGGAGCCAUUGCCUGGAAGUACUUAGUGGCCGAACCACGCAAACGACGAUACGCCGAGUUUUACUCCACGUAUGACGUCGCCAAAGAAGAGGCACGACUUAAAAGUCUUGGUCUUUACGACAAUCCCUUUCCGUUUGAUGACUAAAACGUGUGUUUGUCUUGAAUGGCCUUUAAAUUUGGUCAUCAAUUGAUCGGUUUAUUAAUGAGUUUUUUUAGAUUAAGAUAUAUAUUGCAGACUAUAUGUAGAUUUGAUUUGUUAUUAAUUUUUGUCCCAAAAAAUUACUUAUAAUUAGUGUUCAUUAAUAAUUAAAUAAUAAAUUUAUUAAAAAAAUAUAUGUUUUAAUUCAAUUGAUUAAUAAAAUAAAAUAUAUAUA